AUCGUCUUCGUCUGACAAACCAUUUCACGAUACCAAAAAAAAGUGCAAAAAUAACUAAAAUUCUCGGCGUAAUUAUUUAGUAAAUAGCGUAGUUAAGCAGAAGAAAACACUUCCAAAUCCAUAUCCAGACGGACUAAGGAUUAGGACUAAGACCCAUUUGACAUGUCGCUCAAGCCCAAAAUAGUGGAGUUUGUCGAUGUUUGGCCGCGCCUGCGCUGCAUCGCAGAGUCGGUGAUAACGCUCACCAAAGUGGAGCGCUCGGUGUGGAACACAAGCUUCAGCGACGUUUACACACUGUGCGUGGCGCAGCCGGAACCGAUGGCGGAUCGUCUCUAUGGCGAAACGAAGCACUUUCUCGAGCAGCACGUUCAGGAGAUGCUGGCCAAAAAGGUGCUGAUCGAGGGAGAAUGCUGCCAUUCCAAUGGUGGCCCAGACCUUCUCCAGCGUUACUACACCACCUGGAUGGAAUAUAGUCAGGGUAUCAAGUAUCUGCACCAAUUAUACAUCUACCUGAAUCAGCAACACAUAAAGAAACAAAAGAUUACCGAUACGGAAUCGUUCUACGGUAAUCUGUCAAGCAAUGCUGCGGAGCAGAUGGAGAUUGGCGAGCUAGGUCUGGACAUUUGGCGGCUGUAUAUGAUUGAGUACUUGUCCAGCGAACUGGUACGUCACAUACUCGAGGGCAUUGCCGCAGACAGAGCCAGCAAUGGCACCUUGGAUCACCAUCGCGUGCAAAUUAUCAACGGAGUGAUACACAGCUUCGUGGAGGUACAGGACUAUAAGAAAACAGGCUCGCUUAAGCUCUACCAGGAACUCUUCGAAGGCCCCAUGCUGGAGGCCAGUGGCGCCUACUACACAGACGAGGCUAACAAACUGCUUCAUCGGUGCUCAGUGUCGGAGUACAUGCAGGAGGUUAUCCGGAUACUGGAAUAUGAAAGCCGGAGAGCCCAAAAGUUUUUACACGUCAGUUCCCUGCCAAAACUUCGUAAAGAGUGCGAGGAGAAGUUUAUUAACGAUCGUUUGGGGUUCAUCUACUCGGAGUGCCGCGAAAUGGUUUCAGAGGAGCGACGCCAAGACUUACGCAACAUGUACGUCGUACUAAAGCCCAUACCCGAUAAUCUCAAGUCUGAGCUCAUUACCACCUUCCUCGAUCACAUCAAAAGUGAAGGUCUGCAGACCGUAUCUGCGCUCAAGGGCGAAAACAUCCAUAUUGCUUUCGUAGAGAAUAUGUUAAAGGUACAUCACAAGUACCAAGAGCUGAUCGCAGAUGUUUUCGAAAAUGAUUCUCUAUUCCUGAGCGCAUUAGACAAGGCGUGCGCCAGCGUUAUCAAUCGCCGGCCCACCGAGCGGCAGCCUUGCCGUAGUGCCGAGUAUGUGGCGAAAUACUGUGAUACGCUACUGAAAAAGUCUAAAACCUGCGAAGCAGAGAUCGAUCAAAAGCUUACUAACAACAUAACCAUCUUUAAAUAUAUCGAGGACAAAGAUGUGUAUCAAAAGUUUUAUAGCCGACUGUUAGCCAAGCGCCUAAUCCACGAGCAAAGUCAGAGCAUGGAUGCGGAGGAGGGAAUGAUCAAUCGUUUGAAGCAAGCGUGCGGUUAUGAAUUUACCAAUAAACUUCACCGCAUGUUUACGGAUAUUUCGGUAUCUACUGAUCUGAACAACAAGUUUAAUACUCACCUUAAGGAUAGCAAUGUGGACUUAGGCAUCAACCUUGCCAUUAAGGUACUGCAGGCGGGCGCUUGGCCCUUGGGAUCUACUCAAGUUAUACCAUUUGCAGUGCCACAGGAAUUUGAAAAAUCUAUUAAAAUGUUCGAGGAUUAUUAUCAUAAAUUAUUUAGUGGCCGGAAGUUGACUUGGCUACAUCACAUGUGUCAUGGAGAAUUAAAAUUGAGCCAUUUGAAAAAAUCCUACAUCGUGACUAUGCAAACAUACCAGAUGGCUAUAAUUCUGCUGUUCGAGACUUGUGAUAGUCUGAGUUGUCGGGAGAUCCAGAACACCUUACAGCUAAACGACGAAACGUUUCAAAAGCACAUGCAGCCUAUUAUCGAGUCAAAGCUUUUAAAUGCCAGCUCAGAGAAUCUCGCCGGUGAGACUCGAAUAGAAUUAAAUUUGGAUUACACAAAUAAACGUACAAAGUUUAAAAUAAGUUCGGCUUUGCAAAAAGAAACGCCACAGGAGGUUGAGCACACAAUUAACUCGGUAGAUGAGGACCGAAAACUCUUUCUACAAGCCGCCAUUGUUAGAAUUAUGAAAGCGCGUAAAGUCUUAAAGCACAAUGCGUUAAUACAAGAGGUUCUCUCUUUAUCGAAGGUUAGCUUUACUCCCAACAUAGCAAUGAUCAAGAAAUGCGUGGAGUCAUUAAUUGACAAACAAUAUAUUGAGCGAACGGCGAACUCGGGCGAUGAAUAUAGCUACAUGGCAUAAACUGCGGUACAGAUUUUUUAUUCUUAAGCAAGAACCUUCCCAGACUACAACCUCCCAUACACAGAAGAGAGACGCUAACCAAGCGGCUUAUUUUGUCUAAAAACAACUACCUACAAUGUUAGAAAAAGAAAUCAAAAGGUCAAACAAUUUGAGUUUUGUUAUUUUUAUGAUCAUAGCAUAUUGGUAUGAAAGGUGUGUGGAGAUCGAACGAUGUUAUUGAUACUUUUAAUUUAGUAUAGUUAGUUGCGCCAUUUUGAUUUAAUGCGUGUGUCCUAUUCAAUUGUAGAUAUAUUAUAUUGCUUUUAUGUAUUGUA